AUGAGAUCUGUUACUUGGUUCAUAGUUUCUUAUACUAUCAUGCUUCUCGUUCUAAGAGGUGGUAAAGUGGAAGCAGAGAAGCUGUGUACAACGAUAGGAGACUUGGAUGGUAAAUGUAGCCAUGACGGAGAAAAGCUGUGCAUGAGAUACAUGACGGAUCAAACUAAAAAAAAGUUUCUUAGUUGCACAUGCAAUAACGUUGUCAUGUUACACAACAAGUACAAACACUACUGCGAAUGUAAAUCUCACUGUACUCCAAAAUAA